AAAUAGACUCAGUGAACUCACAUUUUGUAUUGUUUUUUUCCAGCAUAAUUUUUCAAAAUUAAAAGCUUCCUGUGAUGUCAAGGCUACAAAAGGAUUCCACCAUUCCUAGUGUAGCCUCUACAUCACAGGAAGACCAGGAAAGUAGGACACUGAAAGUCACUUUGCUAAGUAGUGAGUGGAGAUCAUCAACUGAUGGGGACUUGUCAACUAUCAACCGAGAGCUGGCCAUCCAGUUAGCUAAACACCCAAAUGUGGAUGUUAGUAUCUUGCUUCCAAAGUGUAGUGGAGAGGACAGGAGCUGUGCUGAAAGUCACAAUGUGAAGCUCAUUGAAGCAGAUAAAGUUCCUGGUGUAGAGCCAGUUCUUUGGCUGUCAUCUCCGCCAAGAAACCAUACAAUGGACUGUGUCAUUGGUCAUGGAGUACACCUUGGCCGACUAAUUCCAUUCAUCAAGAAAAAUCCAAAUUACAGUUGUUGCAAAUGGAUUCAAGUUGUUCACUCUGCUCCUGAAGAAGAUGGAAUGUACAAAAACAUUUCAGAAGGUGAAAAAAUGCAAAAAACAGAAAUCCAACUCUGUAAAAUGGCUGAUCAAGUUAUCACAAUUGGACCCAAGCUGGCAGAAGCUUACAAGCGUUACCUUUGUCCAGUUAAACAAGAGGAAAAUGUUUUUGACCUUACUCCAAGCAUUUUCUCUGAAUUUUUGGAAGUAGAGCAAGCCACUGAAGAAAGAAGAACAUUCUGUAUUCUUGUUAUUGGAAGUGGUGACAGCUGUGAAGAUUUCAAUGUGAAAGGGUAUGACAUAACCGCCAAAGCAAUUGCUGAGUUGAAAGAUGAAACCUACCAACUCAAGUUUGUCUAUGCAGCUGGAGGAAAAGGAGAUAUUGUAGCAGAAAAGUUGCUCCACCAUGGCAUUAGGCGUAAUCAGCUUAUUGUUCGCAGCAUUGAUGAUAGCAGAGAAGUGUUGGCUGACUUAUUCUGUGAAGUGGAUCUUGCAAUAAUGCCAUCCAGAACAGAAGGUUUUGGAAUAACAGCUCUGAAAGCAUUAUCUGCUGGUCUGCCUAUACUUGUCAGUGGUAAUUCAGGACUUGGAGAAGCUCUGAAGGAAGUUCCUUUUGGCUUACAGAGUGUGGUAGACUCUGAAGAUCCAAAAGACUGGGCCAAAGAAAUCAAGUGUGUCCGUCAGAAAAAGAGAGAAGUGCGACUUUCAGAGUCAAGAUUUCUACGUGAAAAGUACUUGGAGAAGUAUAGCUGGGAGGUGCCUUGUAAGAGUCUUGUGAUAAAGAUGAAGAAUCUUAUCUGUGGUGGGAGUGAACAAGUCAUCCAUGAUCUUCAGCAGUGGCAACAGAAUGCUGGUAGAUAUAAGAUAAGCAGCAACACAGACCCACUCUCAAACUUAAAGAAGAUUGCUUCAGAAAAGGGCUAUAGAAUUUCUGACAAUCAAGGGUCAGGAAAUUGUAUGUUCUAUGCCUUGUCAGAGCAACUGGAGACUGUCAAAGGAGUAAAGAUCAAUCAUUUUGAAUUAAGGCAGUUCUUAGUUCAGUAUCUAAGAGAGCACCCAAAACAGGUGGAUGGAACAGAUCUGUUUCACUUUGUUGAUAGACACACAACAUGGGGUGGUUACUUAACAGACAUGGAACAAGAUGGCACUUGGGGUGAUCAUUUGAUUCUCUGGGCGGCAGCAAACUGUUAUAAAAUAGCCAUUCAUGUGAUUAGUGGUCUUCCAGGCCAUACUGAGGUAAUUAUCAACCCAGAUUGUCCAUUUGACCAAAGCAAACAUCUUGUACUGGGACAUGUCCAUGAAGUACACUACAUCAGCCUUCAGCCCUUACAAGAAAUUAGGGCAACUAUACCAGGAAGGGAUAAGAGACCAGCACCUGUCAGUGCAGAUCAACCUCGCAAGCAACUCAGGGAAGAGCUGACUAAUCAUGACUACUGUGAAGGCGUUUUUGGAGACAGUUUCCUUGUUUUCCCCCUUGUGUAG